GUGCUGCUCCUGGCCGGUGGAGGCGGCGGCGGCGGCAGCGGCAGCGGAAGGGGAAGCGCUGAGGCGGCGGGGCCCACAGCCAUGGCGGAGCCCGUGCGGGAGGAGCUCUCGGCCCUGGCCGCGAUUUUCUGCGGUCCCCACGAGUGGGAGGUGCUGAGCCGCUCAGAGACAGAUGGGACCGUGUUCAGAAUUCACACAAAAGCUGAAGGAUUUAUGGAUGCGGAUAUACCUCUGGAAUUGGUGUUCCAUUUGCCAGUCAAUUAUCCUUCAUGUCUACCUGGUAUCUCGGUUAACUCUGAACAGUUGACCAGGGCCCAGUGUGUGACUGUGAAAGAGAAGUUACUUGAGCAAGCAGAGAGCCUUUUGUCAGAGCCUAUGGUUCAUGAGCUGGUUCUCUGGAUUCAGCAGAAUCUCAGGCAUAUCCUCAACCAACCAGAAACUGGCAGUGGCAAUGAAAAGUGUACUUUUUCAACAAGCACGACCGUGGAUGAUGGAUUGUGGAUAACUCUUUUGCAUUUAGAUCACAUGAGAGCAAAGACUAAAUAUGUCAAAACUGUGGAGAAGUGGGCUUCAGAUUUAAGGCUGACAGGAAGACUGAUGUUCAUGGGCAAAAUAAUACUGAUUUUACUACAGGGAGACAGAAACAACCUCAAGGAGUACUUGAUUCUUCAGAAAACCUCCAAAGUAGAUGUGGACUCAAGUGGAAAGAAAUGCAAAGAGAAAAUGAUUAGUGUACUGUUUGAAACAAAAGUACAGACAGAACACAAAAGGUUUCUGGCAUUUGAAGUCAAAGAGUAUUCAGCGUUGGAUGAAUUACAAAAGGAAUUUGAAACUGCAGGACUUAAGAAGCUUUUCUCCGAAUUUGUACUUGCUCUGGUAAAAUGAAAUGGAAGACAGGAAUCUUUUAGUAAAAUAGCAGUGUUUUUUGUUGUUUUUGCAUUGGAUUUUGGGAGUGGUUAAUUGAAAUAGUCACCAGGGAGCAAUUUUAAAGUUUCUCUGAAGCAAAAUGAUAGGCAUCAUUCUAACUUCAGGAACAAAAGCCAGUUCUGUUUUAUGAAAUAUUAAACAUGAAGAAAACUUGUAUAUUCUAAUGUUUGCCAGGAAAGGCUAGGUUCAGUAGAUGAGACAUUAUUUAAAAGAUAAAUUUAAAAAGAUGGUAAAUGAACACUUGUUUUUAUAGACAAUAUUUGUUUGGAACUAUGUAAUUUUCUGGCUAAUUUUCUUGUAAUUAAAUGAUUUUUUAAAAAAGAUUUGUUUUCAUGUUUACUUUUCUUAUGUUUAUAUUUUUAGCAUUUGAUCACCAUUUUCCCCCAUCCAGCUUAUGUCUAAUGUUUUAAUAAAUGUUAAGAAAAAUA